UGUAUCAACUCAGUAAGCAGAAGAACCCUGAAUGAAGUCCUUCUGUCUGAGGCUGAAAAGUACCCAAAUGUGAGCGUCAAGUUCCACCAGAAGCUAACUGGAGGCAAUUUAGAGGCUGGUGAAGCCACUUUUGUCAAUACUGAGACUGGUGAGCAGAUUAAGGAGAAGGCAGAUCUGAUUGUGGGCUGUGAUGGGGCUUAUUCAAUGGUCAGGAGGAUGAUGAUGAAGAGGCCACUCUUUGACUUUUCUCAAGAGUACAUUGAACAUGGGUAUCUUGAGCUCUACAUUCCUCCAACUGAAAAGGCCAAGAAGUUCAUGGAGUUGAACUACUUGCACAUAUGGCCAAGAAAGCGCUACAUGAUGAUAGCAUUGCCCAACUUUGACCAGUCUUGGACUGUUACACUUUUCAUGCCUCUGGAUGUGUUUGAAAAUCUAAAUUGUCCAGACAACUUGAUAGAGUUUUUCAAGGACAAUUUCCCUGAUGCCAUGGAGCUGAUUGGUGAAGAAAGUCUCAUCAAGAGCUUCUUUAGGACAAAGCCCUCCAAUUUGCUGUGUGUAAAGUGCAAGCCGUACCAUGUAGGGGACAAAACUGUCAUCCUUGGGGAUGCUGCACAUGCCAUGGUGCCUUUCUAUGGACAGGGAAUGAAUUGUGGCAUGGAAGAUUGCAUAAUUUUGGAUGACCUGAUGACCAAGUUCAAUGAGGACCUCAGCCAAGUGCUUCCCAGUUACACUGAGUUCAGGCAUCCAGAUGCUGUGGCUAUUUGUGACUUGGCAUUGUACAACUAUGUGGAGAUGAGGGACUUGGUCAACUCAAAGACCUUCCUGCUGAGGAAGAAGGUGGACUCUGUGCUGAACUACCUCUUCCCAACCAAGUGGGUGCCUUUGUACAGCACAGUCACUUUCUCCAGGGAAAGGUACCACAGGUGCAUUCAAAACAAACAAUGGCAGGAUAAGGUUCUCAAGAGGGUGCUGUAUGGACUUGCAAUGUUCACAGUAGUGAUGGCAUCUUUGCCUCUGAUGUGGAGCACUCCUUGAGUUCAAAAAAAAAAAAUGGCCCAAGCUAUUUGAGCAGUUGACAAUGAGAUCCUCAACUUCUCUGCUGUUGCUUGUUCCCAAAAUGGCUGGUGGAAGAUUCCUGCUGCUUGAUAACGCUUCAAAGAAUGGGAUUGAAAUCAUUUUGUCCUGCAUGAGGAAUUUCUAUUUCCAAUCAAUGGUGACACAAAUAAAUAAUGGUUCAUGUGGAAUAUAUCAAA